UGCGGGUCGUACAAUACAUAACAUGAGGUCUAUAAAUAGAAUCGACGGAAGGCCAUUAAAACAUCAUCAGACAAUGGAGAAGAUGGAGGAGAAAGGUUUUGAUGCCAAAGGGCAAAAGGGUGGAAUGAUUACAAUGCCCUUUAUAUUUGCAAAUGAGGCCUGUGAGAAGCUUGCAGUGGUGGGAUUUAACACCAAUAUGAUUAGCUACUUAACAACGCAGCUUCACAUGCCAUUAACUAAAGCAGCUAAUACUCUCACCAACUUCAGUGGCACUUCAAGCUUGACUCCUCUCCUCGGUGCCUUCCUCGCCGACUCCUACGCCGGCCGCUUCUGGACCAUCACUGUUGCUUCCAUUAUCUAUCAACUCGGCAUGACAAGCUUAACACUAUCAGCAGUGCUUCCAAAUUUAAGGCCACCGCCAUGUAAAUUAGGUGAUGAAGUUUGCCAAGAAGCAGAUGCAGGUCAACUAGCAAUUCUGUACGUAUCUCUUCUACUAGGAGCUUUAGGAUCAGGGGGCAUCCGACCCUGUGUGGUGGCAUUCGGGGCGGAUCAGUUCGACGAGACGGACCCAAAGCAGACAACAAAGACAUGGAGGUACUUCAAUUGGUAUUAUUUUGUGAUGGGGGUGUCCAUAUUACUGGCUGUGACAGUGCUUGUCUAUGUACAAGACAAUAUUGGAUGGGGAUGGGGCCUUGGAAUACCAACCAUUGCUAUGUUUCUCUCAAUUAUUGCUUUUAUUGUUGGAUACCCACUUUACCGCAACUUGGAUCCGGCUGGGAGUCCUUUUACCCGGUUGUUACAAGUGUGUGUAGCUGCUUUUAAGAAGAGGAAGCUGUCCGUGGUUUCGGAUCCUAAGUUACUGUACCAGAAUGAUGAACUCGAUGCUCCUAUUUCUAUUGGUGAAAACCUUGUCCACACCAAGCAUAUGAAGUUUCUUGACAAGGCUGCGAUUGUAACAGAAGAAGACAAUCUGAAACAAGGCCAGAUACCAAAUCUGUGGAGACUAAAUACUGUACACAGAGUAGAAGAACUGAAAUCUGUAAUCAGAAUGGGACCUAUAUGGGCGGCAGGAAUUCUCUUAAUCACAGCCUAUGCCCAACAAAGCACAUUUUCUCUUCAACAAGCCAAGUCCAUGAACAGACAUCUCUCAAAAUCCUUUCAAAUACCUGCUGGUUCAAUGUCUGUCUUCACCAUGACCUCCAUGCUCACAACAAUAGCUAUAUACGAUCGUCUCCUUGUUCCUUUUGUUCGUAGAUUUACAGGGCUCGAUCGCGGCAUUAGCUUCUUGCAUAGGAUGGGAGUUGGCUUUGUCAUAUCGAUCUUAGCUACUCUAGUUGCAGGAUUUGUAGAAAUUAAGCGAAAACAAGUAGCUGCAGAAAAUGGGUUGCUAAAUUCUCAUCAUCCAAUUCCUAUCUCAGUUUUCUGGCUUGCGCCACAGUAUUGUCUUCAUGGGAUAGCAGAAGCAUUCAUGUCAAUUGGGCAUUUGGAAUUCUUCUAUGAUCAAGCUCCUGAAAGCAUGAGAAGCUCAGCUAUGGCACUAUUUUGGACUGCGAUUUCUGUUGGGAAUUACAUGAGCACACUGCUGGUUACUUUAGUCCACAAGUUCAGUGCUGGCCCUGACGGAUCAAACUGGCUUCCUGAUGAUAACUUGAAUAAAGGGAAACUGGAGUACUUUUACUGGUUGAUCACUUUGAUGCAAGCUGUUAAUCUUGUUUACUACUUGGUUUGUGCAAAGAUGUACACAUUCAAGCCUAUUCAGAUCCAUAGUAAAGGAAAUAGUGAACCUGAAGAUGAUGGUGUAGAGCUUACUGCAAACAAGGUUUAGCUAUAGCCAGUUGCCGUCUAGGUUUACAUAGUUUAGUCGGCUUGUCAGUUGGGGUUCUUCCCAGCCCAGGUGAGGAAGCUUAAUUAGCUUGUAGCUAUAGACACACAGAGAAAAGCUGAUAUUCUAAAUAAAUCAAAUACUGGGUAUGUAUAAUGAUGUAGAAUCAAAGCCCCUUCUUCUGUAAAAUAUCUUACCUCUAACAGAUGAAGUAUUAUUCCAACUAAAGAGAAAAUCUUGACAAAAAUUAAAGUAAUUAUUCCUA